CAAAACCGCGUACCAUUUAGUAGUCAUAUGGAUGUAUGCGGUUUGAGACGCGCCCUAAGCAGUAUGCCAGGGUUACAUCCGGGAACCUUUCAGUGUACCCCGGCAUGAGAUUUUGAAUAACACUAGCUAUAAGGUAGGGGGCUGUGGAGCGCGUUCUGGUUGGAAAGCGGCCCAUUUUUCAGAAGGGAAGAUGAUGCAGGGAAGAGAGGAGAGCGGAAAGACGCGGAGGCGUGUACGCCGCUAGCCAAUAGCAGCGCAGAUCCCGGCGCGAGAGCGCACAUGUUUACAGCGCGCGCUCCGCCGGUACAGGCUGCGGGCUCGGGGAAGGAAGACCGGCACGGAACGGAGUUGCACUCGAUUCAUUCCGGAUUUAGGCGACAGGCAUUGAGGAGGCUGCUCGAUGUCUUGGUGAAAGGUUUUUAUUCAGGGGUCCUCACUCGGUUUUAUAUAGAAUCAGUGUCCGGUUUUGCGGUGUUGAACCUCUACGAGGUGUUCCGUCCGAGGCGCGCGCGCCGUGCCGUGUUUUGUGCGCGUCUCCGCGAGGAAAACAAACAACCCGACAGAAAAAAAGAUCCUCGCCGGUCGAAUAGCAAGAGAUCCGUGUGUCCGACCUCCACGUAGCACAUUUAGCUUUAUUUAGGCGAUUAAAUAUGCAUUUUUGAUUAACGGUGGAACGCGCGCGACUGAGCCUGAAAUGUUUGAAAAUGCAUUAUCGGGCUCGUUACGCAUUUGCAGAGUUGCAGGCUUGUCCUUUUGAUUUCGACGUUUUUCAUUUGUAAAGAGAAGUAUUUUUUUUUUUUUUUGGAGAUUUUAGAUCUCCGUGAUCGAUCGAGUCAUGCACGCCCGGCGCCUGGUCAAGCGCUCACUGAUCGGCAGCCGCGUGUACGCGCCCGGCUCGGGAGCGGCGGCGGGGGAGGCGGGAGAGCGCGAGAGCAGAGACGCGCCGGUACCGAGCGGACACACAGAGGAAGAAGCUGUCAAGGGAGCAAGGAAGCCGAGCUUGAAGAGUUUGUGUAACGGCGGGCAGCGUGACGUGCCAGCACAGGGUCAGAACGGUGGCACACAGAAAAGCGAGAACACAAACGGGGUGGAGGAGCUGCGGGCACCGGAGCACAGGCGAGCAGGACGGACGCUAGACAUGGAGAAGGACAGCACACGCUCCGUGUCGCUGCUCGAGCAGAAACGCAAGGUCGUCUCGUCCAGCAUCGAUGUACCACAUGCCAGGAAAUCAGAUGAGGAGGUAGACAUGGACAAAGUUACUGCAGCCAUGGUGCUGACCAGUCUGUCCACAAGUCCUCUAGUGCGCAGUCCUCCAGUUAAAGUUAGCGAGGGUCUGAAUGGAUCGUGGAAGGAUGGAGGCUUUACUCCGUCCAGUUACAGCAGCAGUGGCUUCUGGAGCUGGAGUGCUCCCAGUGACCAGUCCAACCCCUCUACUCCAUCUCCGCCACUCUCAGCUGACAGUUUCAGACCGUUCCGUAUGUCCAGCUUCAGCGGGCCACAGGACGACACUCUGGACGAGCAGGACGCCAGCAGUCUGCUGUUCGAUGAGCCCAUUCCCCGCAAACGCAAGAACUCCAUGAAGGUGAUGUUCAAGUGUCUGUGGAAGAACUGCGGCAAGGUGCUGAGUACUGCAGCGGGGAUCCAGAGACACAUCCGCACCGUACACCUCGGGCGGAACUGCGACUCGGAGUGCAGUGAUGGAGAGGAAGAUUUCUAUUACACUGAGAUUAAGCUGAAUACAGACUCUGUGGCCGACGGGCUGAGCAGUCUGUCCCCUGCGUCUCCGUCUGUUCUGUCUCCUCCACCUGCCGCCGAACACAGACGAACCGAAACCUCCAGCAGCACCAUCGGAGCCAAGAGCGAGAGCAGCAGCUCCACCCCUCUCAGUCGCUCCGCCCCCAGUGCACUCUACCUGGUGCACACUGACCACGCCUACCAGGCCACGGCUCCAGUCUCCAUCCCCUCCACCAGCUCAGCUCGCUUCACCCCCUCCAACAGCAGCAGCUUCAGCAUCUCCUGGCAGUCCCCACCCGUCACCUUCACCGGAACCCCGGCCUCUCCCACUCACAAUCAGACGCAGGGCUUUAGUGAGCAGCGCUCUCAGACCAUCCCAGUGCUCUCGUCUCUACCCAGAGCCUCAGGCUCACUCAGGAAGUCCCGAGGUGAGGGUAAGAAGUGCCGAAAGGUGUACGGGAUGGAGAACAGAGACAUGUGGUGCACGGCCUGCCGCUGGAAGAAAGCCUGCCAGAGGUUUGUGGACUGAGCUGCCCAGGAAAAAGGGGCAGGGCUUCCUUCACUUGCAAAACUGUUUCUGCUCUGCCUCCUACACCACAAUUCCCACAAUCCUCCACUUCCUGGCCAGGACCAAGGAUCUGAAACAGAACUCCUCAAACAUUCCCAGUGCACUUGCCAAAAACUCGGAGAUAGGCGAGUAGUGCUAUAUUGCAAAAAAGCAAAGACUUGUGAUGUUCGAUUUUUUUUUUUUUUUUUUUAAACAUUCGUUUGGCUAUAAAACAUUUGUGUAAGUCGUGGAGGGACCAGAUAUCAUGGGUCCAAUCACUGCCUGAGUUUUGUUUUCUAAAAAAAAAAAAAAAAAAAAAAAAGAACACUUAGAGUGCUACAAAAUGGAGUACAGACUAAGAUCCUUGUUUUCCAUGAACGCUUUUCCACUUCUGCUUUUCAGCAGGGAUAAACAUUAGCGCCAACUGCCAACCACACUCGAGACUGUCCACCCUCGCUCUGAGACUGCGUGGUUGUGGUGGUGUGUGUUUAGGGAGGAGCGUGCCCCCUGGUGGAAAUGGAUCAAAAAAUUAUGGAUAAUGAUAAGCCACUGCUUUUCUUCCAUAUAGUCACAAGCAAUUACACUCACUAGGGAGGGACAGGUUUUCUAUAUCUGUUUUAUAUAUGUGUCAUUUCUUUCAGGGAUGAUGCGUUCAGCGAAAGCAAAACCAGCAGCUAUGUUUAAAAGCAGCGAAGGUAAUCUCUUUUUUUUUGUUUGUUUCAGUUUUUAGGAGACGUAUAUCUAUCUACCUGCAACCAAAAAAAGGAUUCUCUGUGCCAUUUCUGUUUUUCGUUUUUGUACUCAGUUGUGCACGACUGCUAUGUUUAAUAACACCCCACACAGCAGAUUACAGCCGUGUAGACCGAGCCACACUCACUCUGAUGAGCCUGCGUCCAACAACUUUGUCCCUUGUUGUCCCUUAAAGGACAAGUCAGCACGCUCACCUGCAGAGCAUCGUCCAGAAGAUCUCCCUCUGCACCCAUUUUUCCUGACCUCACACGUUUUAAGUAGGAAGUAAUAAAAAGAUAGAGCACUUACCCCAUCAGCCCUGGGAGCUCACACAGUGGGCACAAGCUGGAAGCACUAGAGUGUGUUUUGUUUUUCGUCUGUCCUUGAGAAGAUUGUGUAACUAUGCUGCACAGUGUUCACAUGAGGAGGAAAUGGGAUUUUUCUCCACGCUGCUCCAGGUGAUGAAGACUGGAAGAAACGUUUUCUGUGUUCGUGUCCUCCUGGGGUUCAUCACCGUCGUGACUCCAGCAGUGAUGGACUUUUAUGCAAGAAGAAAACGGCUGCUCAGCGGGCAGUUGUAAGUUCUCUGGCGCUGUUUUUGUCCCUUUCGAUGCAGUAUUGUAUAAACAAGGAUCCAACACACAGCUCAACACCAGCGCACACACACAAACACACACACAUACACACACACACACACACACCACAAUUUAGUCUCCUUCAACAGCUCUCUCAUUAUUCUUCUACCUUCAGGAUGUUUAUGUAUGUAGUUCUAAGCUAAAUUUUAAAACACUGAGAAUUGUUUAGCACUUCACGGGAACCAAGUCACUGUUUACACCUGGUCAUUUCAUGCUUUUUGUUUAUCAGGAUGAUAACCGGAUCAGGAUUAUUUAUGUAAGGUGUAAAUGCACCUGAGAUGCCUUGCAGACAGCGCUAUUGAACCGUACAGUAAAUAUUCAGCAGGUUCUUUAAAGGCUAGACCAACAUUCCAGAAAUAAAUGUUCCUGCAGUUUUUCUCACACAGCGUCCCCAGUGAGAGAAAAAAACAAAACAUGCAAAUGUCUGUUAGCACGCUACAAGUAAAAAUGUUGCUGCAAUGUUGUAGGAAUGUUUGUAUGCGUUAAAUGUUCUCAGGACACCUGGGAAAACAGAUUGAACAUUUCUAGAACAUUCAGAAAACAUUCUUCUAAUGUAAAAUUGUUAGCUGAAGAGACAUUUAAACCAAGUGUAAAUAAAUCCAUAUCUCCGAACCACAAUAAAAACCUGUCUCAAUACACUACACCACAGCACACUUAGGCCAUGACUGUUCAAGCUUAAGGGUGUUGAGUUCAUUCUUUUCGACAAUAUGAUACACAUUUUAAGGCAGUAUAUGAUACAAUACCAAAACAAUACAGUAACACAAGUAACGCGUUUAAUUUACUACUGAUCUGAUACGAUUCGGUUCAGCACUGACACGAUUCAUGUCCAAUCCAAUAUGAUUUAGUUCAGUUACAUUUAUACAUUUAUACAUUUAUACAUGUAUUGAUUGGACCCCUCUCUCUCUCUCGCUCGCUCACUCACUCUCACACACACACACACGUGUGAACCAGGGAGUGUAUGUCUAUUGUUGUGUGCAUCGAUUUUCAACAGCAAUAUUGGUUUUUAACUGUUUUCCUUCACAAUUAGAACCGGAUCUAGGCUUGUAAAUCAGACUAUCAUAGACUGCUGGGCUGAUAUUCCAAUUUAAUAUUCCAGGUUUUUUUUUUCUUUACACCCCUACUGAAGCUGCCACUUUAAGGAAAUUCAAAAUGCAGUGUAAGAAAUGAGGAACAGCAGAGGAAGUUGAGGGUGUUUAAUGAGCUGAAUAUGCCUAUUCCUCCCAGUAUAGUGAUCAGAUCUCAAACCAGCUAACCUUUUGAUUACAAAUGUAAAUGCAUGUUUAAAAUCUUCUCAGGAUACAAUCCAGAUACAAGAAACCUGAAAUGACUAGGUGUAAAUGUGGAUGAAGAUGUGAAAAGUCUGACAGAAUGUUGCAUUUUCUUUCCGAAUCGUUGUGCUCCAUUUUUGUGAUGUUUCUACAGAGUACACAGUACUUUAAGGUGAAAGAAACUGCCAUUAUAUGUUAUGUGAAGUUUAUAGUCUAUUAAAGAAAAUGUAGAAACUCUACAAUUUAUGUUCACAUUCAAUCUUUAAAUGAUUUUUUUUUUUCAUCUUCUUUUUUUGUAUAUAUUUCUGAUAUUUCAGAAUACAGAAAUAUUGUAUCAGUAUAUCCUCCUGAGACCUGAUGUUGUGCUCAGCUAUGUUAAAUUCACACACUCUCAAAGGCAGUGAUACUGCAGCUGAACGCCAGAAUCAUUACAACUGGUUAAGACUUGUAAGUAGAGCUGGGUGAUAAUACAAAAUAGACAUUUUUACAAACACAUGUUUAAUUGGCAUUAUCUACAAAAAUGUGAUAAUUUCAUUAGUGUCAUUGCAGCUGCAUUUCUGAUGUUCAGCUUAGGCUGUGUUCACAAUGGCGUACUUGUAUACUACACCCUGCAAUACUAGAGUAUAUGCUCUAUACUACAUACUAUUCCUCGUAGUAGUAUUCAGUAUGUAAGAAUUUUCAUCUGAUACACUGAAUAUUCGGUCACAUUCAUAUGUGAAUGCAGUUUGCUCAGACGGCUUCAUUUUGGUAUUUCACUUUUACUGUCUCAAAAGGAGUUCUGUUUGGUGCUUCAAGCCAAAAACAAGCUUCUAAAGUAGAAAAAACAGCUUCAGCCUUAUAGCAGGAGAGCAAAAAAAUUGUACUUGUACUUGUUCACUACCGAGACAAAUUUUCUUGUUUUUUUGCUCACCCUCUGAUCUGUGAUCUGGUUGAUCAGGAGGUACAAAAGCACUUGACGUCUCUCUGUUCUCUUCUGAAAAGUUGAACUUUUUCAACUUUGGAAGCUCCGUUAUGACAAAAAAAACAACAACAACAAAAAAAAAGCAGAUGGCAGCGCUUUUUAAAAGUGGCCACCGCGUUGCAUCUGCUUCCCACAAGAUUGCAUAUAAAACAUGAAGCUGCCUUAUUAUGAUUAAUUCAUCUGCAGUUUUUAAAAUUCAGUAUGUUUAAUGUAACAUGGAAAUCAACACCAGGACAAAUUCGUCCUGUCUAAAAAUAAACCCGGAGGACAGAAAUGAGUUUGUAAACUUGUUUUUUAUAAUUAUUGUCACAUAAUUGUAUUUAGAUGAUUUGAAUUGUUCUUUAUAUCGCCCAGCCAUACUUAGAAGUUUCAAAUGCCUGUGAUUUUAUAUAGUCGAAAUGUGUAUGAGAAUGUGGGUCACUUUAAGAAGAAAAGCAGCAGACGUAUGGUGAUACCUUGGGAGGUCAAAGCUACAUCCUAGACCUUAGAAGCUACAGCCUGUCUAAACCCCUUAAGUUUUACUGUAGGGGCAGGCUGGCUCGCUCUGUUGUUUACACACAGAAAAAAACAAAAAAAAAAAACUUGAAACUGUUUCCAUCAUGAUUACUAUGAGAUAAUGAGGUGCUUCUUUGUCCUAUGUAUAAAGACUAAUCCCUGGAUAUUACGGCACUUAUGCCUGAUUUCCUCACACAAGAAACAUUGCAAUAUAAAGUGAUGUUUCACACGGCCCUAACUGACGUCAUGGUGCUUGUGUACGUUUCGACUGCCACAGGUUGGAUCGCAGCUCGGUCCCUGGGUUCAUUAGGGCUGCUUAUUUUCUUAUGUGCAAUUCCGAUUACAUUGUAGAACAGUCGAGUAAAAUCCUGAACCCACAUCGCUGCUCUUUUAAUCUUUACUUCCUGUUGUUCUAUACUAUACUUAUAUUUCAUAUCCUGUAGCUACAGUAUUCAUAUAUAGCUACACAUUAAUCAGCCGUGUUUAGGACUAGUGUGGUCCACACACACAGAUAGCUCCUGGUGUACAGUAUAAAACCUGUAUUAUCUAAACAGCAGAAAAACUUCUUUUUCACCAGUUUUCCUGUUUCCCUUUUACAGUAUAAUACAGUAUAAUAUCCAAGAUAUUACCAAUCACAAUAUGACUGUUUAUUUAACCUGACUGUGUGACUACAUUGCUUUAUGGAUGUGAAUUUUAAUACAGUUCAAACACACAGUUAGAUUGUCAGCUCAGCUGUUUGCAAAGGUCAAGUCUUGUCAUCGUAUUUUGCCUUCAGGAAUGCUCCAGUUUCUGCCAUUCAUAGAGGAAAAAGUGUGUGUAUGUGUGUGGAUCAUUCGGUUUCAUGUGCAUAUACUACAAGAGAUGCUGGUAAAAGCUUUGCUGUGAAAAACCUAAUGGUCUUGAGCUUUUUAAAUCGCCUCAGCACCAUUUGCUACUCUUUAAAUUAGGGUUUUUUUUUAAGAAGGAGUACAUGCUUUUUCAGUAUCAAUACCAACACUGAUACCAAAAUGAGUAGCCUACUUAGUUUUAAGCAGUCAGGGGCAUAACAACAUUUUUAGCUCUGUUUAUGUUGGUUGCUGCCGUUUAAGAUGUUAUGGUGUUUAAACAUUAUCUUUGAACAGUGUGUGAGGGCAGUCGAGAUGAGCAUGCAGAGCAGUAUCAGUGAGCAUGGUCAAUAAAAAUGAUCUUGAAUUGCAACGUAGAGCACAAUGUAACAGUCUCAGUGCUCGCAGAAUUGAAGUGCUCUCAUACGCGACACUUUCUCUGCACGUUUGCUUCACUGCUCCACUUUUGCAAAUACCUUUGUUCUCUUUGCCAUCGCUCUCUAUUAAACACUUAUUCACCACAGGAUAUUUUAUCAGGUUACGAUCAUGAGUAAAUGAGCACCGUAUCGGACCGAUACCAGUAUCUGUAUCAAUGCAUCCUUACUUUAAAUAAGAGUGUGUAUAUUAACAUUAGAGAUGAAACUGUGGUGUUGAGUGAGAAAGUUGUGUUAGAAAUGAAGGCCAAGCCAUGAGUCAAGCGUUAGAAAUGAGCUGCAUCAUACUGGCUUUGUGAAAAAAUAAUAAAUCGAUUUGUCUUGGUUGUUUUGAGUCAUAGCUGUGAUGGUAGUGCCUUUAAAAAAAAAAGGCAGAAUAGGACUUGUGAUACGAGUUCUGCAAUGCAUUCAACCAACAAACCAGCCUCCAGGUCCCUUCGAGGACGCUCAGUGUUAGGGGGUCUGAGUGUUUCGUUGCUGUGCUGUGGAGCAGACGUGCGUCUCUGCUUUCAGGAAUGUAGUGUUUAGGGACACGCUGGAGCCUGACUGUGCCUUGGUGAGGUGCGUGGGUAUGCAUGGGUGUGUGUGGGUGUGUGUGUGGGUGUGUGUGGACAUACAUCGAAAGCAAAAGGAAUGUAUCUGGUGUCGGUUUAUCUGAGUUCUUCGUUUUUGUACCAAUUAAACAGCGUGGCUGUAGGAGCCCUUUUCGCUUUUCUUUCGUUUUCUAGUGGAAGUGUUUUGCUAAGAGGUGUCUUUUUUCCUUCUUGACUGUAUUUUGUAAUUGAGUUUCAACUGCAGUACUGUAGAACUUUUGUCCUUGUUGGGUUUUUAAAUCUGGUUUCCAAAACAUAGAUAGUUCAUUUGGUUUGUUAUGUCUACGUUUUGGGAACCCAAGAGCCUUUUUUCCUAUACAAUGCUAAAUCAGUGAGAUCAUUCAUUGUCGUCAGAAACACAAGCCUUACAGAAAAUGGUACAGCCAUGCACGCGUUCUUUUGUGCUAUACAGCCGAUGCCAUUUGGUGGAAAUUUUCUAGAAAUGGCAGCCCAAUUAAAUCCAAAGACUAAUUUGUGGAUCUCGAGUCAAUACAUUUGUUUCGAUUAAAAAAAAAAGCACUUAUUUGGGAUAAAUUGUCUGCAUUGAGGUCCCAGAAGAUUAAUGAUAUUUUCAACGAUCUACAAUGCAUUGCUGAAAUUUUCCUGCAUUAUGACCCCAAAUGCUAACGGUGCAUGCCAACUGUAGGCUCGGUGCUCUGUAAUGAAUUAUGUCACUGCUCUUGUUAAUCAAUGACCAUGUUAACCUCAAGAACUCAAAGACUGUCGCACUGGAUUUUUACACUUUUUAAACCUAUACUCUGACUGUAUUUUUAAUACUGCAUGUGCAUGCUUAAAAAAAAAAAGAAGAAGACCGAAAUAUGAUCUGAAUUUAUAAAUGUGUAUACCGUGUUUUGUCUCUAAAAGCCAGAGGGCAGGCAGGCUGCAAUGCAUUAUGGGGUAAUUGAAAGGAAUCUUGAACAAUGUGGCAAGAAAGGAUUUUCAAUGUUCAGUGUGGUUUUCUUGUGGAUUCUAGGUCAUGGUUGUUCUAUAGUCUCAUCUAAACGUACGCUGGCCUCUUGGACUAUUGUAGCAGCGUGGAAAGUGGGUACGCAGAUUUUAGGGAGAGCUGUGAUUGGCUGAAGUACCACAUACUUCAUGUGCCACAUUCUUCAGGUCUGGGAAGAAAGCCAGAAUUCCCUGGGAUAUUUUUUACGCCUGCUCUAUAUUUAGCAGGCGACACAAAUUGGGGAAUUUUAUGGUACAUGGCGGCAGAGGGGAAUGUGGCAAUAAACAAACAGUGUGGCUGCCAUGAAAGCCUGCAGAUGCCGAUGAUAAAAGGUGAGAGUGGAGAGAAAGUACAUCACCGCGCCUCACUCCUAUAGAUCAAACACGAGACCACGCCAUCCACUUUAAUGGCAACUGCCUGCUCUUGCUCAGUAACCAGUCCAAAGUGUGCUUUAUUUUUAUUCCGUUCUUGCUCUCUCUUUUUGAUAAAGUAUAUUAAAUGGACUGGAGAGGUUCAUAUGAAGUGCGCACAGGGGUAUACUGAGUAUACAGAAACCACAGAUGAAUUAAGGAUGUUUUGUCAUUACUACAUGCCAGGUAGAGUUGUUGCAAUAGAAUUUUAAAGCCAUGGAAGAUGGAAAAGUUACGAAUUACAUACCGACUUCCCAAACCGUCAAUCUAACCGUCAGUCAGAGUGGAUCUCAUCCCACAGAUUGCAUAUACAUAAUCAUGUUGUGUUUUCAGUUGGGCAAAUUUAUUGGGGAGGUAUAUAUUUCACAUGGCAUCACUGGACACCAUAUGUGUGGGUCAUUUCUUCAAGAAGAUUUCUUUCAGCCUACAAUGAAAACUUCUGAUUCUCCAACACUGUCAACUCAAUACAGGCUUUCAGUGGUUAGGAAAUUUAAGCUUAUUAUUAAUUAAUUAUUAUUAAUUAUUAAUUUAAGCAGUUAUUACUUAUGCUCCGUAAUAAAAGCCACGGUCAGACCCUCCAAGUCGGAACAAAAUCUCAUGAGAAGUGUUGUGAAUGAGUGCAAACCCCGCCCCCAACCCUGAACUUAACUAUUCCGUGAAAUAUUACAAUGUUAAUUCAAAAAUCUUUCACAGUUGUUAAAUACUCAACAUGACCUGAGUAUUUAAUAACUGCGUAACAGACCUGGUUUCCCUGCUGUUGAAGGAGAGUGGAGGAAACUGACUUCUCAUUUCUCAUUGUAGUCUAUACAAAAUUCCAGCAUGACUUCUCCUAUACACAUUUUAAUUGAUUUUUAUGGCAGGUUUUUAUUCUUCCCAAUUGUUUAUUAAGAUUAAUUAUAUCUUAAUCAAUAUCAUCGUUUUUUUAAUGUUAUUAGUGCUUCUUAUUAUCAUCUGAUUUUUUUUGGAAUUACUUUUUUGAGGUUUAAUUAAUACUGCAUGCCUAUGUCACAUGCCACAAAAAAGACUUCUAUCUUGGAAGCCUAGAAGCCUCCUCUCUCGUUUCUCCUUGAUUCCUCUGAGCAUUUCAGAGAAUUGAUAUGUCCUUAAAGAUGGCAGGCUUUGAUUGAUUUCAUUUCCAUGCUGUGGACUGAAGGAUGUCAAUCAAAAAACCAUCAAUUAAAGCAGGGGUUCUCAAAAAUUUUACCUGUAAAAUAAAUUCCCCUAAAGCCCCCUCAGAUUUAUUUUAUGAAUAUAAUCCAACUAGUCAAAUAUUAGGCUCAUUACUGGAAUGUGUACAGUAAUAUUCUGGCUGUUGAUUGGAGCCAGAGAGCUUUCUAUUCCUGAACUUUCUACUGAAUGAAUAAGUUCGAUUUAUCAAUAUUAAUAUUAUAGGCUGACUUGUUUGUCUUAUUGAGGUUUGGAGUAAACCAAUUUAAUUCAAAUGAGCAGUUAAAUAACUGUGCGAAAUCAAUAACAGAUAUAAUAUAAUAAUUUUCAUAAUAAAAUCAUAGGCCUCUUGGAGCCUUGGGUGUCCCCAGAUCCCAGUUUAAGAACUGCUGAAUUUGAGUUUUUGGGUUGCACCCUAUAAUUCCCCUCACUCUCAUACAUGUUCUGGCAACAUCUGACAAUUACGCUAAGCUGAAAGCGUGCUCUAGCCUUUUUUUAACACUGCUUUGCCAGGCAAAGUUAACCACAGCAAUGCUUUAUCAACAUGCAGGACCUUUUAAUGCUGCAGAUUAGUCCACAGUGUUGAAUGCAUUUCUAAUAACUCAAGCUGGCCAUUUUGAACGCUUGUGAGCGAUGGGUCCUGUGAUGUCUGCCAUAUAAAAGCUUUGCUUUAUCAUAUCUGUUCAAUUAUAGUGCAUAGUAUACGCUCUGGAAUAAUAAUGUCAUAUUUCUAGUUAAAUACUGCCAGGAUGUGAGAGCAGCUUGGGAAAUCUUGAUUCUCUUGAGAUCCGUACGCCGCCUUCCUCUAAUAACUCAUCAUACACAUACACUUAUACAUCAUGUCAUAUGCGUUCCAGGUCGACAUUCACACACAUGCUGCUGGGGUCCCUGAGGAAUCCUACAGAAAGCCUGUCUCAUUUCCUUCGGUGUAAUUUUCUCUCAACUCCACCAUCUCUUUGCUUUCUUAAUGAGCAGACAAGAGUUACUAAGGUUUAGAGUUUGCUCUUAAUUGAUGACGAUAAUUGCUACUAAAAGCUAGCAGCGACAGAUGUUUCUGUAAACCACAGCGUACUGCUGUUAUUUAUCUUAAUCCAGACAAAUUUCUCAUCGCACUACGUAACUUUUCCCCUUCUAUUCUACGCAAUUAUGCAAUGUUGUGUUUCAGCACACACAGCCGCAUGGCUACACCUAAACCAAUAAUACUUAUUAAGUUCAUGUUAUUAUGCAACUUAAACCGCAGACUAAUCCAGAGGCACAGUGGAUUAAGUGAUGAAAGAGUUGACAGUGUCAGAGAUGCUUAUUUCGUGAUCUGGGAUGAUUACGGUUACCGCAAUAUCUUUUGCAAAUGAAAGCACUUGCUAUUAUGUGUACAAUGUCUCAGUGUUUAUUGUGUUGCAGCGGUUCCCAAACUGCGCUGAGGAUCCCUGGGCUUAUACAGGGCACAGACAAGAGACAGGGCUAUACACCACGAAGAGAAAUUGGUGUUAAAUGUUUUAAAAAUGGAAUUUAAAAAUGAUUUUCUAUCAUUGGUUUAUAAAACUAUCCUGGCCUAUAACUACUCUAAACUGACCUCUAUUCUCAAUUGUCUUACAUCUUGUCAUUUUUUUGCCUCGUAAAAGGGGUCCUUGGUGUUAAAUGUUUGGGAAGCCCUGUCUUAUUGCACCUUUUUUUCCUCUUCUCGUUCUCUUAAACAAGAGGACACUUAUAGACUGUUAUCUUCUCACUCACGGGCUGUGCUGGUUUUUAUUCGAAGCCGUGUGUACAUAGAGACUGCCAUUGUAAAUUGUGCUACAGUGACAAUGUCCUGGUGCUCGUCAGUGCCGCUGUUGAUGUUUCCUUUGGUGUAAGUAUGACGUUUCAGAGACGCUCUGAUUUAUUGGUCACAAAAUAAUAAAGAAAAAGACCUUUUGGCAGCUGUUUACUACA